GUCCGGAGUGUCGGUGUAAAGCUCAGUGUCUCUACACAGGAGCAGAAACACCAGUCACUUUGUGUAGAAAACUCUGAGCAUCUUCCAGGCUUAUUUAUUCCUUUCAACGUCCUCCUCUUCAUCAUCUCAUCAUCAUCACCAUCAUCAUCACCAUCAUCACCUGCACAUCACCUGAGAUCAGGAUGGAGUUUUACCGCCUGCAGGGACGAAACGCUUGCACACUUCCCUCUCUCUAAUUUCUCCAUGAAAGCCUCAACUGCCAGGAUUUAUUUCUCCCAUGUUUAAGUGUGAGCACUAAACUCAAAAUGAGUGACAUCUACGAAUCAGCCGCAACCUCACUGGGGCUCUUUAACAGCCCCUGCCUGUCUAAAGUGGAACUGCGUGUGGCGUGUAAAGGAAUCUCGGACCGGGACGCUUUGUCCAAACCCGACCCCUGCAUCCUGCUCAAGAUGCAAUCGCAUGGCCAAUGGAUUGAGGUGGACAGGACCGAGGUGAUCCGGAGCUCCAUCAACCCCACGUUCUCCAAAGUGUUCACCCUGGACUACUACUUUGAGGAGGUGCAACGUCUCCGCUACGAGCUCUACGACAUCAGCAGCAGUCACAACGGCACCAAGGAGGCUGACUGUCUGGGGGCUAUGGAGUGUACGCUGGGACAGAUUGUGUCCCAGAGAAAGCUGUCUAAAGCUCUGCUGAAACACAGCAUCACAGUGGGCAAGUCCACCAUCAUAGUCACAGCAGAGGAACUGACAGGGAACGACGACUAUGUGGAGCUGUCGUUCAGUGCCAGGAAACUGGAUGAUAAGGACUUUUUCAGCAAAUCAGAUCCGUUUCUGGAAAUUUAUAGAGUCAACAUUGAUGGAACACAGCAGCUGGUGUACAGGACAGAGACUGUGAUGAACAACCUGAACCCGCUGUGGAAGACGUUUAAAACCUCGCUGAACUGCCUGUGCAGUGGAGAUCACGACCGGAUCCUGAAGUUGGUCUCUCCGCAGUGCUCUGUGUGGGACUGGGACUCAAACGGCAAACACGACUUCAUCGGGGAAUUUGAAGCCACUUUUAAAGAGAUGCGUGGAGCAAUCGAUGGCAAGCAGGUGCAGUGGGAGUGUAUAAACCCCAAAUAUAAACUCAAGAAGAAGAAUUACAGGAACUCUGGGAUUGUGAUUCUGAGUCAGUGUAAGAUUAUAAAGAUGCACUCAUUCCUUGACUACAUCAUGGGUGGAUGCCAGAUUCAGUUUACAGUGGCUAUUGAUUUCACGGCGUCUAACGGAGACCCGCGGAACAGCUGCUCUUUACACUACAUCCAUCCGUACCAGCCCAAUGAGUACCUGAAAGCACUGGUGGCUGUAGGAGAGAUCUGCCAGGACUACGACAGUGAUAAAAUGUUUCCUGCGUUUGGUUUUGGAGCUCGGAUUCCUCCUGACUUUAAGGUGUCACAUGACUUUGCUGUUAACUUUAAUGAGGAUAAUCCUGAAUGUGCAGGUAUACAGGGUGUAGUAGAAGCCUAUCAAAACUGCCUGCCUAAGAUCCAACUGUACGGUCCGACUAAUAUCGCCCCCAUCAUCCAGAAAGUGGCGCAGUCCGCCUCCGAGGAACUUCACGUCCGCCAGGCCAUGCAGUACUUCAUCCUUCUGAUCCUGACCGAUGGUGUGAUCACAGACAUGGCGGAUACGAGGGAUGCCAUCGUCCAUGCGUCUCACCUGCCCAUGUCCAUCAUCAUUGUGGGCGUGGGGAACGCAGACUUCACUGACAUGCAGAUGCUGGAUGGAGAUGAUGGGAUUCUGCGUUCGCCCAAAGGAGAACCGGUGCUCAGGGACAUCGUACAGUUUGUCCCCUUUCGCAACUUUAAACACGCGUCUCCUGCUGCACUCGCCAAAAGCGUUUUAGCCGAAGUGCCCAACCAGGUGGUGGAUUAUUACAACAGCAAGGGCAUCAAACCCAAAUGCCCCGGCGAGUUCGAGUCUUCCAGGACAUUUAGUCGCUAAACUGUGACCGCGAGCUGAUCAGGAUGCGAGUACGAUCAGCACGUCUCCGUCAGUCUGUCGCUCGUCUGUUUGCAUGCGUGGAUGGUUGUAGGCUAAAGCUAACGUGCCAGCACACGUGUCUGGGUAGGAGACGUGCAGAAUCUGCAUGUUUCUCCCUGUUAGAACUGAUCUGUUUUUUAUUCUAUGUCUAUAUUUAAAGCGAGAUUUUGCAGAAUUUCGUAAUGUUCUUACAUUGUAAAGCAUUCUGGAUGGAGAUCAUUGCGAAUGUUUAGCUCUCUGUGUUAGAUACCGAACGUCUGCACUUUCAGGUAAAAGAAUUCGUGGUUAUGUUGCACAUGAGGAAAUGCAUGAGUGUAUUUUGCAUGCUAAUAUGAAAAGUAAUAAAGCUAAAUUUCUUCAUGAUUGGGGAUGGGGAUUGUAAGUGAAGUCCGGGGCGUGUCCCAAACGCCAUAACCGUCAUAUGUUUAGCAAGCAAACCGGUAAAACGCUAAAGUAAUAACAGCAAUUUCAGACCACAAGACGUCACCGGUAUCGGAAACUAAUUGACGACAGAGUAUUGUGCUUUGUCCCAAAGCCAUGUGAUUGAUUAUUUCUCCAUAGCAGCACAUCUUCCAGUGUUCCAGUACCACAGCAAUUAGCAACUAAUCUCACUGGAGACUUGUUUAGUUAACGUCUAAAUACAGAAAACAUCUCAGCUUUACGUGAAGCGUCUGCCAUUUAGCUGUUACUAUAGGAACGCUAACGUAUUAUUACUGUUAUACAAAAUAAAUCAACACCUGACCAAUCAGAAUCUAGCAGUGAUGUGGUGUAAAGGCUUGACAGUCAGAUCAGCGCUCGUCAUUUAGGAGUUGAUUUAUUUUAUUGCUAAAUAUAAAUGUUUUAUUGGAGCUUAAAACAUAUCAAACGACUUCGCUACUUCACGUCCGACUUUUGUAGCUGCUAGUGCGCAUCACAGAGACUCCGCCCACCAGAAGAAUUGUAAUAACCUUAAACACUGUAAUCAUUUGUAUUUCUUGAUCGAAACAGAUUUCAUACAUUUUUAAAACAUACAAAACACAUCAAUCACGACGAACUCUUCUCUUUUUAUAGAAUGUAGCGAUUUGGCCAAGUCUUGCCGAGGAGAUGAAUAAGAUUAGCCUGAGUAUACGCUAAUCACACGCCACAGCCUUACAGUUUCACAGCUAGCGCAACCUCACAGAUCGAUUUCAGAACGGAAACGACAUUUAAACCCGACAGAAUGCACAAAAUAGAAACAUGGCGAGGUCAGAGUGCAGGAGUAAACUGUGUGUUAGCUGUGUUAGCUUUCAGAGCGUUUAGCUGGCUAGUGUUUGGGACGAGGCCUGUGUUUACACUCCUGAAAAAGCACAGAGUAACACUUUUCAUUCAGGUAGUUUAUUAGAGUUUGAUACUAAAGUGCUAUAAGCUGUGUGUGUGUGUGUGUGUGUGUGUGUGUGUGUGUGUGUGUGUGUGUGUGAGGAGUGUUUUCUAAAAGUUUGCAAUAAAACUGCAUGCAUGUGGUUGAACCUAACAGGCAUCAGUGUGUAAUCUGCAUUCUAAAGUGUUACCUACAAUAUAUAUAUAUAUAUAUAUAUAUAUAUAUAUAUAUAUAUAUAUAUGAAACGAUUAUUUAUUUAAUCUUAUUAUGAUGGAUUAUUGUAAAGUUUUAUUGUUUUUAUUCAUGGAUGUUUAUGAUUAUUUUCACAAUAUUUGCAUAUUUCAUGAUCUUGUACUAAAAACCAAUGAUGGUCAUUUGAACUGAACUGAAAAGUGCUGAAUGAAAUGAAAGGAUUGUGGUGUUAAAGGAGGUCCUGGAUGUGAUGCUUGUGGUUGAAAAUAAACACGUUUAA